GAGAUGCGUUGAACGUGUGGUUACCGUUUUGUGUUAUGUAGCUUCGUAAAAACUGCUUACUGACGCAGGAAACAAAUACGCAAUACAGUCACAGACAAAACGAAAUGUUGUAGUGGCUUACUGUAAGUAGAUCAAGGCUGUGUUUAAAACACAAAGACUGUCCUUGGAACGCAGGUAGAGGUUGGUGAGGCACAAUGGCAGCGCCUUUUCCUUACAGAGGGCUCCCUCCAGGGAUGCCACCAGGCGUACCUCCUGUUCUUGUCCCCCCGAUUGUCCCCCCAGGUGUUGCCCCAAUUGUCCCCCCUUCCGCACCUGUCCCGGAUUACAUGUCUGAGGAGAAGCUGCAAGAAAAAGCAAGGAAAUGGCAGCAAUUGCAGGCCAAGCGCUACGCAGAAAAAAGAAAGUUUGGCUUUGUGGAUGCCCAGAAGGAGGACAUGCCCCCUGAACAUGUCCGCAAGAUCAUUAGGGACCAUGGAGAUAUGACCAACAGAAAGUUCCGACAUGACAAAAGGGUGUACCUUGGUGCCCUCAAGUACAUGCCCCACGCAGUGCUGAAACUGCUUGAAAACAUGCCGAUGCCCUGGGAACAAAUCCGAGAUGUUCCUGUGCUCUAUCACAUCACUGGAGCCAUUUCCUUUGUGAAUGAAAUCCCAUGGGUUAUAGAGCCUGUCUACAUUGCCCAGUGGGGCACCAUGUGGAUCAUGAUGCGUCGUGAGAAACGUGAUCGACGACACUUCAAGAGAAUGCGCUUUCCUCCAUUUGAUGACGAGGAGCCGCCGCUGGACUAUGCUGACAACAUCCUUGAUGUGGAGCCUCUGGAGGCCAUCCAAAUGGAGCUCGAUAACGAGGAAGAUUCUCCCGUUGUGGAUUGGUUCUAUGAGCAUCAGCCCCUCAAAGACACUACCAAGUUUGUGAAUGGCACCACUUACCGUCGCUGGCAGUUCACCCUGCCCAUGAUGUCCACACUGUAUCGUCUGGCCAAUCAGCUUAUGACAGACCUGGUGGAUUUUAAUUACUUUUAUCUGUUUGACCUCAAGGCCUUUUUCACAUCUAAAGCCUUGAACAUGGCCAUCCCAGGAGGACCAAAGUUUGAGCCGCUGGUCAGAGACAUUAACCUCCAGGAUGAAGACUGGAACGAGUUCAACGACAUCAACAAAAUCAUCAUCCGUCAGCCCAUCAGGACAGAGUACAAAAUUGCUUUCCCCUACUUGUACAACAACUUACCACAUCAUGUGCACCUCACCUGGUACCAUACACCAAAUGUGGUAUUUAUCAAAACAGAGGAUCCAGAUCUUCCUGCGUUCUACUUUGAUCCACUGAUCAACCCUAUUUCUCACAGACAUUCUGUCAAGAGCCAGGAGCCCCUCCCUGAUGAUGAUGAGGAGUUUGAGCUUCCUGAAUAUGUGGAGCCCUUCCUCAAAGAGACUCCACUCUACACUGACAACACAGCUAACGGCAUUGCUCUGCUUUGGGCUCCAAGACCCUUCAAUCUCCGCUCUGGUCGCACAAGGCGAGCCAUCGAUAUCCCUCUGGUCAAGAACUGGUACCGAGAGCAUUGCCCUGCAGGACAGCCGGUGAAAGUACGUGUUUCGUACCAGAAACUGCUGAAAUACUAUGUGCUCAAUGCACUCAAACACAGACCGCCCAAGGCUCAAAAGAAAAGAUAUCUGUUCCGCUCCUUCAAAGCCACAAAGUUCUUUCAGUCCACUAAGCUGGACUGGGUGGAGGUCGGCCUGCAGGUGUGCAGGCAGGGCUACAACAUGCUCAAUCUGCUCAUUCACCGUAAGAAUCUUAACUACCUGCAUCUGGACUACAACUUCAACCUGAAACCCGUGAAGACACUGACCACCAAGGAGCGAAAGAAGUCCAGAUUUGGCAACGCCUUCCAUCUGUGCAGAGAGGUGCUGCGUCUCAGCAAGCUGGUGGUGGACAGCCACGUUCAGUACAGACUGGGAAAUGUUGACGCUUUCCAGUUGUCUGACGGGCUGCAGUACAUCUUUGCUCAUGUGGGUCAGCUGACAGGCAUGUAUCGCUACAAGUACAAGCUGAUGAGGCAAAUCCGGAUGUGCAAAGACCUAAAACAUCUCAUCUACUACCGAUUCAACACUGGUCCUGUGGGCAAAGGUCCUGGUUGUGGCUUCUGGGCCGCUGGCUGGAGAGUGUGGCUCUUCUUCAUGAGGGGCAUUACUCCACUGUUGGAGAGGUGGCUUGGAAAUCUCCUGGCCAGGCAGUUUGAAGGACGCCACUCAAAGGGUGUGGCCAAGACCGUGACCAAACAGCGUGUAGAGUCCCACUUUGACCUGGAGUUGCGUGCUGCAGUGAUGCACGACAUCCUGGAUAUGAUGCCUGAAGGUAUCAAGCAGAACAAGGCCAGAACCAUCCUGCAGCAUCUCAGCGAAUCCUGGAGAUGCUGGAAGGCAAACAUCCCAUGGAAGGUCCCCGGCCUUCCCACUCCCAUUGAGAACAUGAUCCUACGGUACGUGAAGGCCAAAGCUGACUGGUGGACAAACACGGCUCACUACAACCGUGAGCGAAUUCGCAGAGGAGCCACCGUGGACAAGACGGUGUGCAAAAAGAACCUGGGCAGGUUGACCCGUCUGUACCUGAAAGCUGAGCAGGAGCGACAGCACAACUACCUGAAGGAUGGCCCCUACAUAACAGCAGAAGAGGCUGUGGCGAUUUACACCACCACGGUGCACUGGCUGGAGAGUCGGCGGUUCUCUCCCAUACCUUUCCCCCCAUUGUCCUACAAACAUGACACCAAGCUGCUGAUCCUGGCCCUGGAGAGGCUCAAAGAGGCAUACAGUGUGAAGUCUCGUCUGAACCAGAGUCAGAGGGAGGAGCUGGGUUUGAUCGAGCAGGCCUAUGACAACCCUCACGAAGCUCUGUCCAGGAUCAAACGUCACCUGCUCACGCAGAGAGCGUUCAAGGAGGUUGGUAUUGAGUUCAUGGACUUGUACAGCCACCUUGUACCAGUGUACGAUGUGGAACCUUUGGAGAAGAUCACAGAUGCCUACCUGGAUCAGUACCUGUGGUACGAGGCAGACAAGAGGCGUCUUUUCCCACCGUGGAUCAAACCUGCCGACACUGAACCACCACCUCUGCUGGUCUACAAGUGGUGCCAAGGCAUCAACAACUUGCAGGACGUGUGGGAAACUGCAGAGGGAGAGUGUAACGUGAUGCUGGAGUCUCGCUUUGAGAAGAUGUAUGAGAAGAUUGAUCUGACGUUGCUCAAUAGGCUGCUGCGUCUCAUUGUUGACCACAACAUUGCUGAUUACAUGACAGCCAAGAACAAUGUGGUCAUAAACUACAAGGACAUGAACCACACCAACUCCUAUGGCAUCAUCAGGGGGCUCCAGUUUGCCUCGUUCAUUGUUCAGUAUUAUGGCCUCGUUAUGGACCUGCUGGUGCUCGGAUUACACCGUGCCAGCGAGAUGGCUGGUCCACCGCAGAUGCCCAACGACUUCCUCAGUUUCCAAGACACCACCACCGAGAGCGCCCAUCCAAUCAGACUGUACUGCCGCUACAUCGACCGCAUACACAUCUUCUUCAGGUUCUCAGCCGACGAGGCCAGGGACCUGAUUCAGCGGUACCUGACAGAGCAUCCAGACCCCAACAAUGAGAACAUAGUGGGUUACAACAACAAGAAGUGCUGGCCUCGAGAUGCUCGGAUGAGACUAAUGAAGCACGAUGUCAACCUUGGGCGAGCAGUGUUUUGGGACAUCAAAAAUCGCCUGCCCAGAUCUGUGACCACUGUGCAGUGGGAGAACAGCUUUGUGUCAGUUUACAGCAAAGACAACCCCAACCUGCUCUUUAACAUGUGUGGAUUUGAGUGCCGCAUCCUCCCCAAGUGUCGCACCAGCUAUGAGGAGUUCACUCACAAGGAUGGAGUCUGGAACCUGCAGAAUGAGGUAACUAAAGAGAGGACAGCACAGUGUUUCCUGCGUGUGGACGACGAAUCAAUGCAGCGCUUCCACAACAGAGUGCGUCAGAUCCUGAUGGCCUCUGGGUCCACAACUUUCACCAAGAUUGUAAACAAGUGGAACACCGCUCUGAUCGGUCUGAUGACGUACUUCCGUGAGGCUGUGGUCAACACACAGGAGCUCCUGGAUCUUCUGGUGAAGUGUGAGAACAAGAUUCAGACGCGUAUCAAGAUUGGUCUCAACUCCAAAAUGCCCAGCCGCUUCCCUCCAGUGGUCUUCUACACGCCAAAAGAGUUGGGAGGCCUCGGCAUGCUGUCCAUGGGACACGUGCUCAUCCCACAGUCAGACCUGCGGUGGUCCAAGCAGACAGAUGUAGGCAUCACCCACUUCAGAUCUGGAAUGAGCCACGAGGAAGACCAGCUCAUUCCCAACUUGUAUCGUUACAUUCAGCCAUGGGAGAGCGAGUUCAUUGACUCGCAGAGAGUCUGGGCUGAGUACGCCCUCAAGAGACAGGAGGCCAUUACCCAGAACAGACGUCUCACCUUGGAGGAUUUGGAGGACUCGUGGGACAGAGGAAUACCUCGAAUCAACACACUUUUCCAGAAGGACAGACACACGCUGGCCUACGACAAGGGCUGGAGAGUCAGGACAGAUUUCAAACAGUAUCAGGUGCUGAAGCAGAAUCCAUUCUGGUGGACUCACCAGAGACAUGACGGUAAACUGUGGAACCUGAACAACUACCGCACAGACAUGAUCCAGGCACUGGGUGGUGUGGAGGGCAUCCUGGAGCACACGCUCUUCAAGGGCACUUAUUUCCCCACCUGGGAGGGUCUCUUCUGGGAAAAGGCCAGUGGUUUUGAAGAGUCCAUGAAAUGGAAGAAGUUGACCAAUGCUCAGAGAUCUGGUCUCAACCAAAUCCCAAACCGUCGCUUUACUCUCUGGUGGUCGCCCACCAUCAACAGGGCCAACGUGUAUGUGGGUUUCCAAGUGCAGCUUGACUUGACAGGCAUCUUCAUGCACGGCAAGAUUCCCACUCUGAAGAUCUCCCUCAUUCAGAUCUUCAGGGCUCACUUGUGGCAGAAGAUUCAUGAGAGCAUCGUCAUGGAUCUCUGUCAGGUGUUUGACCAGGAGCUGGAUGCUUUGGAGAUUGAGACUGUGCAGAAGGAGACCAUCCACCCCAGGAAGUCGUACAAGAUGAACUCGUCCUGCGCGGACAUCCUCCUCUUCGCAUCAUACAAGUGGAACGUCUCCCGACCAUCUCUGCUCGCUGACUCAAAGGAUGUGAUGGACAGCACCACCACACAGAAAUACUGGAUUGACAUUCAGCUCCGAUGGGGAGACUAUGACUCUCAUGACAUUGAGCGCUACGCCAGAGCCAAGUUCCUGGACUACACCACAGACAACAUGAGUAUCUACCCCUCCCCCACUGGAGUGCUCAUUGCCAUAGACCUGGCUUAUAAUCUGCACAGUGCGUAUGGUAACUGGUUCCCUGGAGGAAAGCCUCUGAUCCAGCAGGCCAUGGCCAAGAUCAUGAAGGCCAACCCGGCUCUUUAUGUGCUCCGAGAGCGCAUCCGUAAAGGUCUGCAGCUGUACUCUUCAGAGCCCACUGAGCCUUACCUGUCCUCCCAGAACUAUGGUGAACUCUUCUCCAACCAGAUCAUCUGGUUUGUGGAUGACACAAAUGUGUACAGAGUCACCAUCCACAAGACUUUUGAGGGAAACUUGACCACGAAGCCCAUCAAUGGAGCCAUUUUCAUCUUCAACCCCAGGACUGGACAACUCUUCCUCAAGAUCAUUCACACGUCUGUGUGGGCUGGACAGAAACGUCUGGGACAGCUGGCUAAGUGGAAAACAGCUGAAGAAGUUGCUGCCCUGAUUCGCUCCCUCCCCGUUGAAGAGCAGCCAAAACAGAUCAUUGUAACCAGGAAGGGGAUGUUGGACCCUCUGGAGGUCCAUCUGCUCGACUUCCCCAACAUCGUGAUCAAGGGCUCGGAGUUGCAGCUGCCUUUCCAGGCCUGUCUGAAGGUGGAGAAGUUUGGAGACCUGAUCUUGAAGGCGACAGAACCACAGAUGGUCCUGUUCAACCUCUACGAUGAUUGGCUGAAGACCAUUUCAUCGUACACAGCCUUCUCCCGUCUCAUCCUGAUCCUCAGAGCUCUCCAUGUCAACAAUGACCGAGCGAAGGUGAUCCUGAAGCCUGAUAAGACGACCAUCACUGAACCCCAUCACAUUUGGCCCACGCUCACCGAUGAGGAGUGGAUCAAAGUGGAAGUGCAGCUCAAAGAUCUCAUUCUGGCUGAUUAUGGCAAAAAGAACAAUGUGAACGUGGCCUCGCUGACCCAGUCGGAGAUCCGUGACAUCAUCCUGGGAAUGGAGAUCUCAGCCCCGUCACAGCAGCGGCAGCAAAUCGCAGAGAUUGAAAAGCAGACCAAAGAACAGUCUCAGCUCACCGCCACGCAGACCCGCACCGUCAACAAGCACGGAGACGAGAUCAUCACCUCCACCACCUCCAACUACGAGACGCAGACCUUCUCCUCUAAGACCGAGUGGAGAGUCAGGGCCAUAUCUGCCGCCAACCUCCAUCUCCGGACCAACCACAUCUACGUGUCAUCUGACGACAUCAAGGAGACGGGAUACACCUACAUUCUGCCCAAAAAUGUCCUCAAGAAGUUUAUCUGCAUCUCAGAUCUGAGGGCUCAGAUUGCAGGAUACCUGUACGGCACCAGCCCACCAGACAACCCCCAGGUGAAGGAGAUCCGCUGUAUCGUCAUGGUGCCUCAGUGGGGGACGCAUCAGACCGUCCACCUCCCUAACCAGCUGCCUGGCCACGAAUAUCUCAAAGAAAUGGAGCCCCUCGGCUGGAUCCACACACAGCCCAACGAGUCGCCACAGCUGUCCCCCCAGGACGUUACUACGCACGCAAAGGUCAUGGCUGAUAACCCGUCCUGGGAUGGAGAAAAAACCAUAAUAAUCACUUGCAGCUUCACACCUGGCUCCUGUACACUCACAGCCUACAAACUGACACCCAGUGGGUACGAGUGGGGUCGACAGAACACGGACAAGGGCAACAACCCUAAAGGUUACCUUCCAUCCCACUAUGAAAGGGUACAGAUGCUUCUCUCUGAUCGCUUCCUGGGCUUCUUCAUGGUGCCCGGCCAGGUCUCCUGGAACUACAACUUCAUGGGUGUGCGCCACGAUCCCAACAUGAAGUACGACCUGCAGCUGGCCAACCCCAAAGAGUUCUACCACGAAGUCCAUCGGCCCUCGCACUUCUUGAACUUUGCCUCGCUGCAAGAGGGAGAGAUUUACAACGCUGACCGCGAGGACAUGUUCGGCUGAGGGCCAAACGUUUUGUAGAUAGCUCUGAGAAUCCUGAAGAGCCAGUCCAGAGGUGUCCCUGUAAUACUUUUGAGCUCGUAAACGUGCUGUUUGGGGAUUUUUAUUUUUUUUUCCAUGCAACGGCUUUAGCUUUUCGUUUUUUUUUUUAGUACAUUGCAAAUUUUUGUGGCUUCUCAAAUCUCUCCAUAUUUGCUUUCGCUCGUAGUGUUCACAGCACAAUACUUUGGUGUUAUUAUUGCAGGAAGCUCAGGACCCACUUCCUUUUCUUACUCAAGAAAUGAAAUUGAAAGUUGCAUUUUCAUACUAGUAAUACCCCAUUAAUGUGUUCACCUGUACAUCUGUGAUAUUGUACCCUGGGUUUAAAUAAAGACACUUUUUGUAAUGAAUCAUGUGUUCAUUUUGUACGUUAUUCUGAUUUGUAUAUGUGGAGUGA